GUUUUGUCCAGCAUGAUACUGCCAUGUUUUGUUACAACAAUAUUUAAUCGCUGAGUUUUGAGAAGGCGUAAUUUAUUUAUUUGUUCCAAGUCUAUUGAAUUUGAAAGCUCGCCAGCUUAUCGCAAAAAGACAACCCAGUAGGUUACAGCGUUCUUCGCUCCGCCAGAUGGGAACGCCUCGCGCGCACAUAUGGCACAUCAUUCCACGAUCGUAUGACUCCACUGCGCAUGCUCCAAUGACCCAAACGUGAACACAAUCUCCAGCUUGAAGAAAUCUGACCAGUGAUACUAUGGGUGGGUAGCUGUCGUCUCUCUCUCUCCUCUUUCGCCUGCUGAGUGGCUGCAAUCUCGCAAAGCUCCGGCCUCCUACCUGUUGGCCCUGGUGACAUAAGGCACUGAUCAUGGCGGAGGAGGACUAUGGCCGUUACGUGGACUGGACCCAGAUGGGCGAGGGGGCAGCGGCAGCCAGCGCCAGUCCUGUGAAAGGGGACGGCAAGGUGGAGAUCCGGGAGAUGAAGAUGCAGGCGCGCUCGGGCGUCUGGGCCAAGAGCCACAAGCAGCGGGCGCUGGUCUACCACCAGCUGGUGGGCGCCAUCCCGUGCCGCACGGUCACGCCGGACGCCGAGGUGUACCGCGACCUGAUGGGCGACGGCAAGGGCAAGCGCCAGGCGUCCUCGCUGCCGCUGCCGGACUUUGUGGACGGCUCGACGGUGCCGCGCUACUGCCUGAAGGCGGAGGCGGUGGGCGCGGUGCACGCCGUCAUCUCGUGCGUGGCCUCGCAGUUCCCCGACAUCUCGCACUGCCCGGCGCUGCCCGCCGUGGCGGCGCUGCUGCUGCACUUCAGCCCCGACGAGGCGCGCUGCUUCGAGGCGGUCAGCCGCAUGCUGGCCUGCAACGAGCCGGGCCGCCGCCUCAUGGACCAGACCUUCCUGGCCUACGAGUCGUCCUGCAUGACCUUCGGCGACCUGGCGCACAAGUACUGCCCGGCGGCGCACAAGCUGGUGCUGGCCACGGCCACCGACGUCCUGGAGGUGUACUCGGACUGGCAGCGCUGGGUGCUGGGCGACCUGCCCUUCUCGCACGCCGCCCGCGUGCUGGACGUCUACCUGGUGGAGGGCUACAAGGUGCUGUACCGCGUGGCGCUGGCCCUGCUCAAGUUCUACCGCAAGCAGAAGACGGCGUCGGCAGGCUCCGGCAAGCAGCCGCCGCCCCAGCAGGAGUCCUCGGUCAUCAGGGCCGAGAUCCAGGCCUUCGUCAAGGGCAUCGGCUCCAGCAUCACCCCGGACAAGCUGCUGGAGAAGGCCUUCUCCAUCCGCCUGUUCAGCCGCAAAGAGAUCACACUGCUGCAGCUCACCAACGAGAAGUCCCUGCAGCAGAGGGGCAUCACGGUCAAACAGAAACGGCGUAACGUGACGCUAGCGGUGAAUGCGGACAACUUCUCCUCGGAGAUCGUCAGCGCUAAGGAGAUGAGGGACAUCUGGUCGUGGAUCCCCGAGCGCUUCGCUCUGUGCCAGCCGGAGCUGCUGUUCACCACCUCCACGCACGGCUGCAGCCUCAACAGGUUCUACUCCCACUGUGAAGGCCAUGAGCCCACCCUGCUCCUGCUGCGCACCACAGACGGAGAGGUGUGUGGAGCCUUUCUGUCCACUGACUGGGAGGAGCGCAAGAGAGGGGGAAAUAAGCUCAGCUUCUUCGGGACAGGAGAGUGUUUUGUCUUCAGGAUGAAGCCUGAGAUGGAGCGCUAUGAGUGGGUAGUGAUCAAACACCCUGAGCUGGCUGGGAACAUGCAGAGUUUGGACCUGCUGGACGAUGACGCUCCCUCCACCGAUAGCAACACCCUCCCCGUGGACUCAGGCCCCAACCCCUCGGAGCGCCUCUCCCCGUUCCUCUCGGCCCGUCACUUUCAUCUCAACUCCAGGAACACCUCCAUGUUCAUGGCCGGGAACUUCGACUCCAUCAUCAUUGGUGGAGGUGAGGGCAACGCCCUCUACAUCGACUCCGAGUUGAACCACGGCCGCUCCGCCCGCUGCACCACCUUCGACAACCCCCCGCUGUGUGGCGAGAGCUUCCAGGUGGCGCUGCUGGAGGUGUGGGGCUUCCAGGACGCCAUGGCGGGCUGACCACACACACCCACUCCCACACACACACACACACACGCAUGCGUUUACCCAGAGGAGAAACUCAAGAUGUGGGUUGUGUCAACUGUCGGUUUAUCGGGCCUCUGGAAGUGCUAGCAUUGUAGUCGUCGCUUCCAGCCAAUCCGUCCAAUAUCAACAAAGUCUAUAUCAGUGUUUGUUUGCUUUUUAUUUAUUUAAGGAAAUAAGCAGCAUACUCAUAUUAUUUACUUUUGUCAUUAUCAAUGUAUAUUCUAACUCUUAUCUGUUGUCACAUAGCUCACACUAGCCUUACUGUUAAUGGAAAGAAGUCAAAGAUUUAUUUAGCCCUCUCACCGAUUCCAUACGAGUCUAUAGGCAUGGAUUUGACAGUACUUUGGCCGAUCAGCACAAUACUACAAUACCACCAUACGAUGUGGCUGCAUUGCCCUUCUCUUUCCUAAAGGACAUACAUGAAGGCAUUAAGUUUCCUGAAGGACAUACAUUAAGGCAAGUGUGAGACUAUGUUAGCAGAGCAGAGAGGGCCUGUAAUAGGGCUUGGUGAUCACAUAUCUUUAUCAUUAUCUCAACAUGGAAUCCGUCCUGUAUCCUCAGUAGCUCUCCUAGUGUAUCAGUCUCCCCUGAUCACAAAAACUGUCACGUGGCAUUCACUUUUGUUGGAGGAGAAAAGGCAAUGUUCAUAGUUCACCUCUAUAUCAGAAUGUUAAUCUAAUAAGCUUCACUUCCUCUGCCAGCUUUUUUACAAAUGGGUUGUUCUCUAAAAAUUGAAGGUGUUCUCAGAAAGGAUUCUCUUUUUCUCGUUUUCUCAGUUCUGUUCUUCCUCCUAUUGUGGUGGUUGGUAUCAAAUGAUCAACAUAACACAAGGUCACUUUACCCUGAGUUCUGAAGCUCACACCGUCCAAUGUGGUAAUCACACUUAUCAGGGGAUGACACCGAAAAGCUUUACAGUGCCACAGUCAUAACAUGAUUGAAAGUAUCAGUUAAGCUCUCUUUAGGAUGCUUCUCUUUGAUUUGAUGAGCUUAUAAGUCCCGGUCCCUUGUUUAUUGUAGUCUUAAACGUAAAACUGCUAUGUAGGUGUGUUCAAAUGUAUUAUUUUGUUAUUUAAUUUUUUUACGGUCUCAUGGUUCACCUGAGUUUAAGAUUCUGAGUUCUUGGUGGUGAAGACUUCCACUGUGAAGGUAGACCCUGUAGGCAUGUCUAUGGCUGUAUAGUAUUGAUAUGAUCAGCGUGUCCUCCCCCUUAAAACUGAGUUUGCUCCAUCCAGCUUCCCUCUUAUGUGCAUAUCAGCCCAGCCAGUGUUGCACAUUCCGCCAUUGUGGUGACUGGCCGCCGAAGGCCAUCGUGUUUAUAUUCUCGCUGUUUGUUUUUCCAGCUGCGCCCUGGGUGCUACAAGUUCUCUGCACAUAGUGUCUUGUUAAUGUAAUGAAGCUCCUCUCUGUGACGCUAUCCAUCAGGUUUGUUGUUUGUUUGUGUGUGUGUGUGGAUGAUGUUGUGUGUUUGUGUGUGUUAUUCAGUAAGAGUGAUAUAGCUGGCACAAAAAAAAGAAGACGAAAAAAACAGCAGAAAAGCUAAUGGGGUUUCUACUGACAUUUACAGCUCAGCACUAAUCUCCCCUCUGCUGUAUCUGAACACACAGCUUUGGUGAAGAAUAGAGCCGUAGUUCAGACCAGCACAAAACUCUCAGUUCCCCUGUGUGGUUGUAACCUGUGGAUCUCGUGUGUUAGAUGGAUCUUAAUUUGUUGGUGUACAGCAGAGAUUCGCUGCUGUGCUGCCCUCUCCCUUGUGAGAAGCCGUCCUGUAAUAUAAUGCAGCUCUCAGAGAACCUCUUAACACUCUUCAUGGUGUAAUGUGUGAUCCUAAUGUUGUGUGAGCUGAGCUCAGAUCUAGCUGGUUGUGUGUGUGGUUGUGGUGAGAAUGAAAAUAAAAUGCACUCUGUAUUGGUAUGUGUGUGAGCGUGUCAUGUGCAGUGGUCAGAAUACUAUGUCGUCAUACUCUGCUGUCAAAUAUGCAGUAAAACAUUUAA